CAGAAAAGCAAACUUCGCCGGAAAAUCCAAAAAAUACUGGUAUUCUGCAUUGAUUCUCUGAUUCCCUUCAGGAAGGGAUCAGAGGAUCAUCUCCUCUCACCUUCCCAUCACUUUUUUUUCACAUAAUACACACACACAGAUAUAUGUUUACAUGUAUACAUAUGUAAUCUCAUUCGAGCAACCAUCUUGGUUCUUGAAAACUUCUGAAAAUUCAUAAUCUUCUAUCAUGGAUUCAAACAUUUUGAUAUAAGGAAGAUUUGGGAAAUUGAAAAGGUGGGUUUGUUCGAUUUCUCAAAUGGGUGAGCCACAAAAAAUGGAGGGGUGGCUCUAUCUAAUUCGUUUCAACCGACUUGGGUUGCAAUAUUCGCGUAAAAGGUACUUCGUUCUCGAUCGCAACUGCCUCAAGAGCUUUAAAUCGAAACCCACUACAGACGGAGAGGAGCCACUGAGAAGUGCAAUAAUAGACUCUUGCAUCCGGGUCGCAGACAAUGGAAGAGAAAGUUAUCAUAGAAAAGAAUACUUUAUUUUCACCCUGUAUAAUACUUCUAAUGACAAUGAUCAGCUAAAGAUGGGAGCAAGUAGCCCAGAAGAAGCAGCUAGAUGGAUCCGUUCUUUACAGGAUGCUGCAAUUAACCCAGCAAAGGAUUUUGUUCCUUGUUCCAAGAGAAAAUGGCAACCUUUUAGAUUAAGUGUUUCUAAGAGGAUGGCACAUAAAAAAUCUAUAGACUGGACUUCUGAAUCAUCUGUGCAUGUGGAUGCGAUGACAUCUGAUGUUAUUGCUCCUUCACCAUGGCAAAUUUUUGGUUGCCAAAAUGGGUUACGGCUAUUCAAAGAAGCAAAAGAUAGGGAUUUCAGUGGGAAGCAUUGGGAUGAUCAUCCAGCAAUAAUGGCUGUUGGUGUGAUUGAUGGAACUUCAGAGGACAUUUUCCGGACUCUUAUGUCUAUUGGUCCCUCCAGAUCAGAAUGGGACUUCUGUUUUUACCGAGGCAGUGUGGUUGAGCACCUUGAUGGUCAUACAGAUAUUGUUCAUAAGCAGUUAUACAACCAUUGGCAACCAUGGGGGAUGAGACGUAGAGAUUUACUGUUGCGACGUUACUGGAGAAGGGAAGAUGAUGGCACAUAUGUAAUUCUGUACCAUUCCGUGAUCCACAGAAAGUGCCCACCACAAAGAGGCUAUGUUCGUGCUUGGCUUAAAAGUGGAGGAUAUGUAAUAUCUCCUGUAAAUCAAGGAAAAGAUUCAGUUGUAAAACACAUGCUUGCUAUUGAUUGGAAAAGCUGGAAAUCUUAUGUACGAAAAGCUUCUGUGCGAUCCAUAACUAUCCGUAUGCUCGUAAGACUUGCAGCACUGAGAGAGCUGUUUAGAGCAAAAGCAGGAAACUAUUCCUUUGAAUUCUCAUCUAGAGAGUUGACAAGAGAUAUUGGGUCACCUCAAAUACAAAAAGAGGAUAUCAAAACAGAAGUUCAAAAUCCUCAAGAGUUUAUGAAGAUGGAGAAAAAUAAUAUGGAAGAUGAUCCAGACAAAUUUCUUUCAGGGUGUUCAAGUCUCACAGGACUGAAUGACGCGGCUGAUGAAUUCUUUGAUGUUCCUGAACCAUCAGAAGAUGAGCAUGAUUGGUCUUUGAGUCCAGCAUUGCGCUAUCAAGAUAAGCACCAACCUAAACUGUCAUCUGCUGCUGGUUUUGUAAAAAAAUUACAUGAUCUUGCAGUUCAGAAGAAAGGUUAUAUGGACUUACAAGAGGUGUCUUGUGAAAACAAUGCACCAUGCUUCUAUGGGUCCACUCUUUCAAAAGAUCCUAGUUAUAAUUUGCCUUGCAGUUGGGCUGCUGCUGAUCCUUCGUCAUUUCUUAUCCGUGGAAAUAAUUAUCUAGAAGAUCAAAAGAAGGUUAAGGCAAAAAACACAUUGAUGCAAAUAUUUGCUGCUGAUUGGCUAAGAUCUGAUAAGCGUGAAGAUGAUAUUGGUGGCCGUCCUGGAAGCAUUGUUCAGAAAUAUGCAACACAGGGUGGACCAGAAUUCUUCUUCAUCAUUAACAUGCAGGUUCCAGGUACAACUACAUAUGGUCUGGCACUCUAUUACAUGACGAAAACUCCUUUGAAAGAAACUCCUAUACUCGAGCGCUUUGUCAACGGGGAUAAUGCCUACCGGAAUUCUAGGUUUAAGCUCAUACCAUACAUUUCUAAGGGAUCAUGGCUAGUAAAGCAGAGUGUGGGAAAGAAAGCUUGCUUGGUUGGUCAAGCACUUGAAGUAAAUUAUGCUCGAGGGAAGAACUACAUCGAGCUUGAUAUUGAUGUCGGGUCAUCAACAGUGGCAAGGGGUGUAGCCAGCCUUGUUCUUGGAUACCUGAACAAUUUGGUCGUCGAAAUGGCAUUCUUGAUUCAGGGUAACACACAAGAAGAGCUCCCAGAAUUCCUUCUUGGGACAUGUCGGCUUAAUCAUCUCGACAUGUCCAAAUCGGUCCGAGUAACCCAAGGACAGGCCAAAAAUGGCGGGAAAAGAGAUGAAUUGUGAUGAUGAUUUUAACUGUGUGUAUAGGUAAAUUUUCCAUUCAAAUCCGAAGAUCAAUGGGGGUGUCAGCUAAUUCUUUGGGUGGGGACAAUUCAAUUUGUAAAGUUCAGUCGCGUUAACUAUGUCUUUUAUUCAAAUUAUAUUCUUUGUGAUCAGUGUAGAUUUUUGUCAUUUGUAGUAUGAAUUCUUCUUCUUAAUAUUAUUAGGGGAAAGUACAAAAAUCACCCCUAUGGUUUA